GUGAGAGAGACAGAGAGAGAGAGAGAGAGAGCGAGAGAGAGGAGUGUGUGUAAGCGGAGUGUAUGAGCGUGAAGCACCGGGGAUCCUGAGCUUGGAGGAGAGCCGUGUGACUGGAAGGGGGGGCUCUUCUGCUUGUGGAUGUAUGUGACAGGACAGCGAUUUUUGCAGGGGAGCGUUACGUGUGCUUGAAUGUGUGUGUGUGUGUGAGAGACAGUGAGAGUGGACAUGGCAGUGUGCGUGUGUGUAUAGGUAACAGUGUCGUCGAUCAGCGACAGGCUCUUCGCAUUAUGCAGCCGACGAUGCUCAUCACACUUUGAAGACUGACUCAUCGAGACGGGCUGUGACAGUGGAAGAGACGAAAGAGAGGGAAAGACAGAUGGAUGGAAAAACAGAAAGGCAGUUUUAGGCUCUUGAUGCUUUAGGUCCCUCCAGACCAUCCGAGGGUCUAGUCUAGUUUGUGGGACGCCAGUAGCUUCACAGUGGCCCCCCUUGUUCCCCCUCAAAUUGGAAUUGCAGACACAUACCCAGACAGGUAGCCAAAAUUGCCAGAAAAACCCUGAAAGGAAAAUUGAAUCCCCAGUUCUCUGACUUGAAGGAAGAUUUUAUUCAUUUCUGUUCCACGGACUUGGGAAAGAGGAUCUCCUGCUUCGCCGGGUCUUUUUUUUUUACGCUGGUGAUCAUUCCUUUUUAGGAGAGCAGGAUCUUAUCCCGGAGAUAAGAGGCUGGCAGACAAAACGGGAUAGACACAGGCAUGGCUCGCCUCAACUGGUGCCUGGCUGCCGUCAUCAGCUGGGGCAAGUUCCUCUUUGCCUGCUUCUUUCCUCUGCGGGGGGCCAAACGAGACAAGCCCGACGAGCUGGAGGGCGUCCACACACACACCUUCAAGCUGAAGCCAUUCAAGAAGGCCAAGAGCUGUGAUAUAUGCAAGCAGGCCAUCACCAAGGAGGGCCUCAUCUGCAAAGCGUGCCGGCUGUCCUGCCAUAAAAAAUGUGAAGUGAAGGUUACCACAUCAUGUCAAACAACUACCAACAAUGAACCGCCUCCCACUCCUCAGCUGCCAUUAAAGCAUGUAGAUACACCGGGAUCUACGAGGUCCUGUAAGAGUGUGGAGAUAAGGCGAAAGCAGUCGAGGAGUCAGAGUGUGGUUCAGGCCAUGGAGGAGAGCUAUGAGGUGGACCUGGUCUACAUCACAGAGAGGAUCAUCUCCGUGUGUUUCCCGGCCGCCGCCGAGGAGCGCAGCUACAUCACUCACCUCAAAGAGGUGGCGACGAUGCUGCGCUCCAAACACGGCGAGCACUAUCUGAUGCUAAACCUGAGCGAGUGGAGGAGCGACUUAUCAAACUUAAACCCCAAGGUUCUUGAGUUUGGCUGGCCGGACCACCAUGCACCGGCCCUGGACAAGAUCUGCAGCAUGUGCAAGGCCAUCGACACGUGGCUCAAUGGAGACCCACGCAAUGUGGUGGUGCUGCACAACAAGGGGAACAGAGGUCGCACUGGGGUGGUGGUGGCUGCUUACAUGCACUACAGCAACAUAUCUGCAAGUGCUGACCAGGCGUUGGACAGAUUCGCCAUGAGAAGAUUCUACGAGGACAAAGCACUCCCCGUGGGUCAGCCAUCACAAAGAAGGUAUGUGCAAUACUUCAAUGGCCUUCUCUCCGGACACAUCAAAAUCAACAACAAGCCCCUGUUCCUGCACCACGUCAUCAUGCACGGCAUUCCCAACUUUGAGUCCAAAGGGGGUUGCCGUCCUUUCCUGAAGAUCUACCAGGCCAUGCAGCCAGUCUACACAUCAGGAAUAUACAAUGUGCAAGGAGACAGCAACACAAGCAUCUGCAUCACCAUCGAACCGGGUCUGCUUCUCAAGGGAGACAUCUUGCUGAAGUGUUACCACAAGCGGUUCAGAAACCCGACCAGAGACGUGGUGUUCAGGGUGCAGUUCCACACGUGCGCCAUCCACGACCUCGGCGUGGUUUUUGGGAAGAACGAGCUGGACGAGACCUUCAAAGAUGACAGGUUUCCAGAGUACGGGAAGGUGGAGUUUGUUUUCUCAUAUGCACCAGAAAAAAUUAAAGGCCUGAGCCACCUCGAAAACGGCCCGAGCGUCUCUGUGGACUACAACACCCAGGAACACCUGAUCCGCUGGGACUCCUACGAGAACUUUGAACAUCGCAGUGAGGACACCGUGGACGGGGAGCACGAUGUUAUUCACACCCAAGGCCCACUUGAUGGAAGCCUAUAUGCACGGGUCCGCAAGAAAGACUCCCUGGAGGGAGUUGUCACCAUCAAUGGCCUCCCAGUCCAUGAAAACGCCUUGACAAAUGCAGAGCACCCGUUACAGCACCCCAACCACCCCCUCCAAACUACUGAGCACACUCUUCCUGUGACAGGUCACCCCUCCCUCCCUGCAGUCGACCACACACUUUCCGUGAGCAGCGACUCAGGAAACUCGACAGCAUCCGUCAAGACUGAUCGUACAGACGAGCACAGCCAGUCCUUGCAGAGUGCCGCGAACCAUAACAACCAGACUGCCACCCACCCAUCACUCAGCCCGCAGGAGAAAAGAGAGCUCGACCAGCUUCUGAGCGGCCUUGAAGCACCGACCCAUCAACGACAAGCCUACCUGUCCACGUCUACAAGUCCAGGAGGAGGUGUCCGGCACCUGGUUCCAGCACAAGUGCAUGUCAAUGGGGGCCACACAAGACUAGUUGGCGCCCCUGUAACAGACGAACGGGAGACAGAUAUUCUUGACGACGAACUACCUAAUAGCCAAGAGGGCAACAGUGUGGACAGCUUGGGCACACUUUCAUCCCUUGAAGGUCAGGCGACACCAGGGGAUCUAUACUACCAAUCACAGACACCAAGUAGCAGGCAGAACGACGGGCCUUACCUAGAGAGAGGUGUUCUUGGAGAAAAGUUGAGCGAGAUGCCUGUGCAUGGAGUACGAACGCCAACGGCGAUGCAAGACAGAUCUGCGGACUCUGCAUCGCCACAGGGGGGAUACAGCAACUACCAGAACGGAGAAGGGAUGUACCGUUCUCAGUCCUUUGGGAAUCCACCAGCGAGCAGUCCUGAAACCAACGCUAAACUGAUGCCAAGGGCCCCAGAGCGGAGUACCAGUAGCAGGGAGGCUGUUCAAAGAGGCCUGACUAACUGGCACCAGUAUAGCCUCCCAGAUGAUCCGUUUGGCCCUCCUCUUCAGUCAACCCACAGCUUGCCUCACUUCCCAGCCUCACAGCGGGACAUUGAGCAGUCCAUCGAGGCACUCAACAUGCUAAUGCUCGACCUGGACCCAAUCAACUCCCACAUGUCAAAGUCAAACAGUGCACCUCCUGGGGAGAACAGCCUCAGUUCAUCCCAGGUGCCCUUCUCCCAAACCGUUGCAAGACCCUCGUACCAAGCGGACUCUGCCAUCCACGGCUACAACAACUCGGGGUCUGUUAAUAACUCCUUCAAUCAGCCAUUGCGGUCAACUGGUAGAGUCUCAGCAAUGUCCAACCAGAGCCCUGUCAUGGAGUCCCCAGUGUAUUCUCCCCAGAGGUCCAACGCAGGCUACCAACACCAGAACACCACCCCGACGCACACUCCCGAGCCGUACAUCCACACACGCCAAGCAGCCCACAACUACCCAAUGGACCCCUUGUCUAAUUUUAACCAGCAGGUGCAAGGAAAACCUGUGAACUCUUUCCCAGGUGGUGGGGUUUCCCACUCUCCAGACCUGCAGAGUUCAUCUCCUUACCAAGGCUACAGUGCCUCUUCCUCUCCCCUCCCCACACUCACCCCGCAGCCCAAGGAUACAUCCUCCACGUCCUUGCCCAGAGAACAAGAUGCAGAGGAGGAGACGUUAAACUUGGAGGGCUUGGUGGCUCACCGUAUUGCCGGUGUUAGAUCCAGGGGAAUGACCCCAGAAGUGACGCAGGAGACGGGUCGGCGUCGGACCACCAGUGAGGGACAAUACCAGAGCAGCACGCCACCAGUGGAUUCACCGGAUUUCGCCCACAACCUGGCACUUAACCCAGGAGGAAGACCAAGAGAGGGGCCCAUUCACAGUUACCGAGAAGCGUUCGAGGACGACGAAGCGGACCGGUUUGCCAACAGCCCAAUCAAUAGAGGUGGUGGUGAGAUUUCCCCACAGACCCCCAGCUUCCCCGUGUCGCCACAGACUCCUUACUUCAACAUGUCUCGCUCUCCUCCCGGCUUGGCUAAGACUCCUCUGUCAGCGCUGGGACUGAAGCCUCACCAGCACGAUGGAUCAGACUCUGAAUCUAAUGAUGGAGAUGAAGAAAAUCGUAAUUUCGGGGACUCCAGGGUGCAGCCGUUCAACGCUCCUCUCUCCUCCAGCAGCCCCGUCCAUGGUGUUGAUGGAAGAAGGAUGGGUUCCUCCAACAGCCCCGCCCCCUCCCACCCUCACAGACCCGCCUCCCCUGAAGGCUCCCAGGUCAACAUCAUGGGCGUCCACACCGUCCCUGGCAGCCCCAACACCCUGCAUCGCACUGUGGCCACCAACACUCCGCCAAGCCCCGCCCUCCAGAGACGACUGGGCCAAGCCAGCCCCUCAUUGGCCAGACACCCUUCUCCUUCUGCGGGCGGCGUCCCAUCCAGCCCUCUGAUUGGCCGGAAAGUGGCAGCCGUAGCAGCCGCCGGUGUGCCUCCGAGCCCUCUGAUGGGUCGCCGGAUGGCCCCGAGCGGCCACGGCACGCCUGACGAGAUGGGAGCUGCUUCCCGCCUGGGGAGCGCGCAACCGCCGGCCACGCCCGCCUUCCCCGUCUCCCCGCAGCUCCCGGAGAAGAGACACAUGUCCAGCGGGGACGCGGAGAGGACGGACAACAGAAAUCUGACGCCCACACCUGCGAGCGGAGGGAGCACGCCUAACCUGACUGGCACACACACGCUGCCCGACGUCUCAAAGUCCAUUUACGAUGGAUAUCCAGACAUCAAGAUGAAUGUGAAGUUCGUCCAGGACACGUCCAAGUACUGGUACAAGCCGGACAUCACCAGAGAGCAAGCCAUCAACCUGCUGAAGGACAGGGAGCCCGGCGCGUUCAUCAUCAGGGACAGCCACUCCUUCCGCGGAGCCUACGGCCUCGCCAUGAAGGUGGCCUGCCCACCGCCGACCAUCCAACAGAACAAGAAAGCUGGAGACAUGACGAACGAGCUGGUGAGGCACUUCCUCAUCGAGACGAGCGCUAAAGGCGUGCGGCUGAAGGGCUGUCCUAACGAGCCCUACUUCGGUUGUCUUUCUGCUCUGGUGUACCAACACUCCAUGACUCCUCUCGCUCUGCCCUGUAAGCUGAUGAUCCCCGCCAAAGACCCGAAUGACGAGGCGCUGGAACUUGCAACGCCCACGGAUCCGGUGGUUGACUUUCUGAAACAGGGAGCAGUGCAGAAAGUCCCUGAGGAUGCUCAUGCGUGCAACGUCCUUUACAUCAACUCUGUGGACAUGGAGUCUCUCACGGGGCCUCAGGCCGUCGCCAAGGCGAUCACUCAGACUCUGUCCACCAACCCGCUGCCUGCCGCCACCACCGUCCACUUCAAAGUGUCCUCGCAGGGCAUCACGCUCACCGACAGCCAGAGGAAGCUUUUCUUCAGGCGACACUACCCCCUCAACACAGUGACCUACUGUGACACCGACCCCCAGGACAGAAAAUGGGGGAAAGAAGGAGGAGGCUCCGUGAGGCUUUUUGGAUUUGUGGCGAGGAAACAAGGAAGCACAACAGACAAUGUGAGCCACCUGUUUGCAGAGCUGGACCCCGAUCAGCCCGCCUCCGCCAUCGUCAGCUUCAUCUCCAAAAUGAUGAAGCGGUGAAACCCCCUCCCACUGAACGCGCAGAUGGCGGUGGCCAUUGUUGAAAUCUUCCAUCGUCGUUCGUUGGUGUCCUCUCCGCCAGGACACGAUGAUGUCCUUCUUUUUUCUGUUUCCUGUUUUUCCCUUCUUUUCUCUCUCUCUCUCCCUUUUUUGUCUCUCUGCCUUGCUGGUUUGUCUCGACUUUUUUGGGAAAGAUUUGACGCGGAAACAAAGCGCUAGAGGAUGUGCUGCGUGGAGCUGCGGACGUGACAAACAUGGAGGCGAGUGAAGGGAGAAACUGAACUCACAGGGUGACCUGUACCAGAGGAAAAAAAAAGCUAGCUAAAGACUUAUGGAGGGGAAGCUAAGUGCAGGCGGGAACACGUUAGGACUACGUUUCAGGGUUUUCUGUUGUCGUUUUUGUCGAUUGAUUUACCAAAGGUAGUUGCAACACAAGUGCAAGAAUGAUGUAGCUAUGAAGCCAUUUUGAUUUCCUCUUUUGAAAGAAGAAGAAGUGUCGACAAAACAAAGAUUUAAAAAAAAAAAAAGACGUUCUUGAACUCAUCUUCAGGAAAAAAAAGUUGGCCUUGACGGCUUUUAGCAAAACAGAAUCUGAAGACCUUAUGCAUGUUAGCUUGAUCUUUAAGCUCGGUUCUUCUACCUUCCACACAGAGAAAAAAAAAAGAAAAAAAAUCAUUGUGAAACCUUUCGAGUGGUCAUCUCCGGGUCUGUUGUGUGUUUGGAAAGGGCUCUGCAAUGAAACAAAGACUGAUUUAAAAAACUGCGCACAGCAGACCAGACUUUGAAACUUUCAAAAAAAAAAGAAACAUGCCACGCUACAAAAAAAGGUCAGCGCACUUUGCAUCGGUCCAAGCCUUGAAAUCUCUCAAAUAAUGGAGGACGUUUCGACUGCAAUCAAAGACUUUGUCCACAAGAUGGCGCCACUCACUCAGGCUUGGACCUUCGCCCCUCUCUCCUCCCCCCCCCCCCCCGCCCCUUCUUUCGACUCCCAUCACCAACUGCUUGCAGUCUGUUGAAACACACUGGAAACCACCAGGGGGCGACCCCACUCUGGACCUAUGCACUGUCUUCUUUAUGCAUGUUGUUGUCCCCAAAUCUUGCACCCCCCCCUCUCUCCCUCUCUCUCUCUCCCACCGUCCAUCGCCACAUUCACUGAAAACAUUCUACGCUUUGUGCUAAAAAAAAAAAAAAGAAACAACUCUUAAAAAAAAAACAACCUUUAGACAAGUACAGUGAAGUUGCACGACUUGUCGACAGACUGCAUGAAAUCGAAACAUUUUUUUGUACAUUGAGAAACGAAGAAGACGAAGUAGACGAACCCAUUGUUGAAGUAGUCCCUUGACGGUGAGAUGCUUUCUUUCUUUUUUCUCUUUUUUUGGUUUUGGUCCAUUGGAGCCAGGGUUACCUUUCACUGUAUCAAAGACAGUCCCCACUUUCUGUUCCUUCUUCAUCUCACGGUGUAGUCGACAGUUCCAUUUAGAUUCUGUUAGGGCAAAAAAGAAAACGUAAUGUUUCCACACUGUGCGCAAACGCCUGCUUCUGAACACGCUCGAGCAUCACAAUAAGCUAAGGACAAAUUGAUCUUGAUAUAAAUGUACAUAGAUAUACUACUUUGAAAGGUGACAUAGCGAAAAAGUAUUUAUUUUUGUUGCUUUGGUCCCUCAUGAUUACUCAUAUAUACAUAUAUUGUACAGUCUAGAUAAAGAAGAUUACCUAAAAUGGGUCGAGAAAAAAAUAUAGACUUAUUUUGGCUAAUGAUUUCAAAGUCUGACGAUUUUGAAAUGUGUUUGAAUAUAUGGUGUACAUUACUUUGUACAUGUAUAUGUUUGUUUUGUUUCUCAGCUCAUCAUUUUUUGUGUUGAUUUUCCUCUUUGCGUUCUCUUCGAACGAGGUAGGGCAUGAAUGAGAUAGAAGACUUGCAUGGACUGACGCAUUUUCCCUCCAGCGCAGAGUGGCGCUCAUAGACGAGGACAAAAGUGCGCCGUAGCUGGUAGACAUUUAAAAGGUCAAGAAGACGAUUUUAGCAAAAAAAAGGGAAGAAAAAACAAUAAAAACACCCUCAAAUGCAAUAUGAAAACAGCUGUAUGCACCCAUGACAGUUCCUUUUAUCAUUUUGCCAAAGAUUCAAACACUUAACAUCUAUGCUGACUGGCUGCAUGUCGCUUUUUUAUGUUCCAUUUUGUGUGUGUGUGUGACGCACACGCAGCUUUUGCAGCCAAAUUUACGGAAGUGGAACCAGCCGAGACUCACGGAAAUCUACCGUGUUUUUUUUUUUUUUUUUGUGGUAAAAAGUAACAAGGGGCCUUUAGAUUGACAUUCAUCUGCAGGUGACUUGUUUUGUCUUUUAUUUAUGUCCGGAAACAGGCCUGCUGUGCCCUCACAAUUGGAAGUGUGUGAACAAAGCACUUAUAUUAACGUUAAAAAAAAAAACUAAAAAAAAAGGUUAACGAAGUUGGACGCGUCUCAUCGUGACGCUUAAAGCUCCACUGCUGCAGCAAUUUUAUUUUUGUGUGUGUGUCUGCCAAAGGUGUCUUCUCUGACCCUGUUUCGAAAGGCCGCGAUUUAUUUAUUCUUAUUUAUUUGUUUUUAUUUCUUAACAAGACUUCAUUGUCGCAUUAUCACAACGGGCAGCGUUAACGAACGGAGGCGUGCACGGCGGCCGUGGAUUCAGAGCAAGACAGGUCGAGCACACGAGAGAAGACGAUAAAGUCUGAAGACGUUUUUUUGAAAACAUCUCUGAAUGAAAUCCUGGAUUUGCUCUGUGCCUGUUUGUUUUGAGUCAAGCGUCACCGCUGUGGAAGAGACGCCAUGAGGGGACUGGUUGUAUGAAUGUGCUUCGACAUGGAUGUACAAAAAAAAAAAAAAAAAAAAAAAAGGGUCUCCGAUUUUGUUUGCGCUUCUCAUUUACAUUAUAUUGUCAUGGCUUACCUGUUCCUAAGGAGAAAAAAAAAACAUUAAAGCAAUACAAAUCAGUUACAUUAAA